GAUAUAACGCCUUCAAUAAUAGAUUAUCAUGGAACACGUAUGCGUCGGGCAUACUAUUUGCGAGAGAAACAUCCCGAAAAUAGAGCACAAAUGUGGAAAAGAUGUGCGAUAUCUCUCGUGUUGAGAAGAUUGAUAUGAGCACAAAUAUGCGAUGUUGCCUUAAAAGCUCGUUGCGAUCUCUAGCUGCUAUUAUUCUGUCGGUGUUUCUCACAAUGUGGUGGAUCUUCUCGGCAGUAGUAUUCAAUCCCGUGGACCGAAUUAAGGGUGUCCAGAAUUUGCUGCCUGUAGUCACACCGAACUUACAGAAUGAAGGAGGGAUAUUCCUGCUAAUUCUUGUUACAUCAGCACCGGGAAAUUUCGAGGCAAGGUCCACGAUCCGCCGGUCAUGGGGAAAGCGUGGCAAAAAUGAUGCAAAGUUUCACGUUGUCUUUAUGCUUGGUGCAACCAAAGAGCCGGAAAUUUUAUCGAAACUGAAAGAGGAGAUAGGCUCUUAUGGGGAUCUUAUAAUUGGGAAAUUUACUGAUUCUUACUCAAAUCUACCGUUAAAAUCCCUUAUGUCAUUGCGGUGGGCUUCACAGAUCGAAAGUCAAUUCACCGUCAAAACAGAUGACGAUAUGUACAUUCAUACAACUCGACUCUACGAAUGGCUUCUACGCCACCAAACCUCUAGGCUUUAUGCUGGGAAAGUUCGCCAAAACGCUAAAGUCAACCGCUUCCGGUUUCAUAGGUAUUCGGUGUCUUAUAAGAACUAUCAAGAGCAAUUCUACCCUGCAUACUGCUAUGGAGGAUUCUAUGUUCUCUCGCGAGAAGCAUUGACUAGUGUUUUGAGCGUGAGCAAGAGAUACCACCCCUUUCCUGCGGAAGAUGCCUACUUGGGAGUGCUCGCUAAAGAAGUUGGAAUCACGCCUGUGGAUUUAUCUGAUAGAAUUGUCCUAAUGAAAUCCAAUUUUUGGACGGAAAUUGAAGUGAAGUGUAUAGGAGCUGGCUUCCUAGGUGACGCAAUAGCAGUUGGGGAUAGCUUGAAGCCGCCCUCCAUUGAAUAUUUGCAUCAAAAGUUUGCGGUAGAGAUUCAGAGAUUAGAGAAUGAGGUCUGUGCCCUUAAUAAGAUCACACUGAAAGCAAAAGCCUUACUUGGGCUUAUACUUCUCAUUGUAUUCGUUGUUGCUACCGUUUUAUCGCUUUAUUGUCGGCAGAAAGCAUUAAAUUACAAGAUCUUUCACGAAUGAUUUUUCUACGUGGUGGCAGCAUCGUAUGGCAGUGGUUAAUUUGUCGUUUGAGUAUAUAUAUUUUUUUAUUCUGAUUCUACACACACAGAGAAAAAACUACUCCUCUUUGCCCCAUGACAUCUAAGCUUCGUUUUACGUUUUCGUGGACGCAUUAGCGUGGAUAAUACGGAUAUUCUUACAAUACAGAUCCAACUGCCGACACACUUACGCAUGAGGAAUGCAUUAUUUAUCCGAAAAGAAGAAUAAAAUCCGCAUUAAACUACAAGGUUUGAUCACCUAAAGCGUUACGUCUGGCUUCUUGUAAUAUUGUGAAAUUGUUUAAAAUCGAUUAGGAAUACCAUUUACCCAUAACAGUUUAUUUUUAUUUUGGUAUAUUAUUAACACUUCUUAGUUAUAUAGAAAUUAUGAUAAGUAACAAUGAUCAGAUGAUUAGUAACAGUUCUUCGCUGAGUCAAGCACACAAAGUAAAUAAAGAAUAAACA